CGGAGCAAAACAACAAUGGCAGACCAUGAUCCGUUUGACAUAAUAUACGAAGAAGGAGACGAUGAACAGUCAGAAUCAGCGUCAACUCCAGACUACUCAAUAAAUUUACCGGAUCCUAUUAUAAUUAGAGGUGCUGGAAAUGUCACAAUAUUUGGACUCAGCAACCGAUUUGACACUGAAUUCCCUUCUGGUCUGGCAGCAAAGGUAGCUCCUGAGGAAUACAAGGCUACAAUAUCUCGUCUCAAUAGCAUGCUGAAAAAAGCUCUACCAGUCAACAUCAAAUGGCUGUUCUGCGGCUGUAUAUGCUGUUGCUGCACUCUAGGUUGCUCCAUGUGGCCUGUUGUCUGUCUCAGUAAGAGGACAAAGCAUGCCAUAGAGAAAAUAUUAGAUUGGGAGAAUAAUCAUUUAUAUCAAAAGCUUGGACUACAUUGGAGGUUAAGUAAACAACGCUGUGACUCAAGUAGUAUGAUGGAAUAUGUUCUUUUGAUAGAAUUUAUCCCUAAGGUUCCUAUAUUCCGACCAGACUGAAGAAGCAGUAUCACGUCGGAGGUGAAACUGUCUGUCUCCUAAAGCUUACAGCUCUGCCAUAUUGUCAGAAUUUCUGAUUCAUUUUUUUCUUCUUUUGUGUUGACCAGAUUUAUUUUGUAGUACAAAAAAAUGUAGAAUAGAGUAUUCAGUCCAUUUUGGUACAGACUUGAAUGUCACCAUUGUGGUUCUCUUGUAAGAUUAAGCAAUAGUAAAACAAACAAUGCAAUUUUGUAUGAAUGAAAAAUUUGUGUCAGAUUGCUUUGGAUUUUUUGAAAAGAAAGCUAGUGGGUAAAUGUAGUGUAGAAUUGUUUUUCAUAGUGCAUUUUUUUUAAUGCUUCAGAAACAUUUUUUUUUUUUUUUGAAAGUGAAGGCUUUGUGGAUCAAUGUUCAAAAUUCAUAUGUAGAAAGCACUGCCAUAGUCUUGCUCAAAUCAGAUUUCCUUUGCUUUUCUAAUCAAUGAUAAGGUACUGUAAACCAGUUAUUACUUGUGACAAUUUUUAUUUGUGAUUUGUCAGUUUGAAAUCCAUCCACGACUAAUUUUUGUGACUGAGGAAACGUUCUACCUAAAAAAAAAUUUAGUAGAAAGUUUGCAAUGAGAAAUGUGUGCGAGAAAAAGAAGGUCACGAAACUCACAGAUAUUUCUCACAUGCAGAUGAAAGUUGGUUUUCAUUAUUCCCUUUUUUCUUUUUUAAAUUGAGCUGAUGAAGUGUUCAUUAAAUCUUCGUGAAGUUCAUGUUAAAAGUUUUCAUGAAGAAGUACAUCAACAUUUCUAACUUGACAGUAAAUAUUUCUCCACAGUACAAGCUUUAAUGAAUUUAUGGGGUCAGUCAAAGUUGCUUUAAUACCCAUGAGUCAUUUUAAUCUUGAAUUCUUUGAAUUUUGUUAGGUUUUGGGAAAAAAAUAGCAUUAGCCUGGUUUUUAUUUAGCCUUUCUGCACAGCAUGAUAGAAUAUUAGGACAAGGAAAUCUAAUGUAAUAAAUAUGAUUUUAAUGUUUAAAAAAAAUGAAGCAACCAAAGCUGUGUACAGUACCUUUUAAAUCAUGAAGUCACCAAAUGCCUAAUUUUUAUUUCAUGGCUUGACCAAACUUACAUUCCAUGGCAACAUCUAUUAAUUGUUUUGUUCAUUAUUUACUGACAGUUCAAGCUCAACAUUUAAGAGUGUCAAAACUUGCACAAUGUCCUUGUCACUCACAAAUACUUGUAUGUAAAAGUGUUAUCAAUGUUUAAUGCCACUGAGCAAGUAUGAAAGUGACAUAGCUUUGAUCACGUCAAUCUACAACAUUAACCUGUGAGAAUAAUUUUACAAGUUCAUGCUGUAAUGUUUGAAAUUUCAUCCACAUACUUAUCCAUGUAAUAAAGAUAACUGAAUUAUAUGAAAGUUAACUUGAAAGCUAAAAGCACAUUCCAUAAAUUAUGAAAUAAGAUUCUUGAUACUCACUUUCUAACAUUUUCUUUAUAUUGACAAAAUAUCAAAGAGCUUGAACAUUAGAAUUGAGUCCGAUAAGGCUACUGCUUGAAUCAAAGUAUGUGUGUAUAAACAUAGCAACUAUGGUCUGUGCAUAUCAAAAUAUUUAUUGGAAUUUCAGAUGGAAAGUUUCAAGUAUGAAGUGUGUAAACAUUCUGAAAUAUUUUCUGAAUAGUUCUGUGUACAGAAUAUAUUUUUGCUUAAUUUUUGUUUAUUGAUUAUUUUCAUCAUUAUCUUCUUGGUGAACAAAAGAUCUUAAUGCAGCCUAUAAAGGUACAAAAUGUAUUUACAUGUACCAUAAACAUUCCAUAGGAAUAAUAAUUACAAACAUAAAAAUUGAUGUGUUUAUAUAAACUUGGGAAAACACUUUUUUAAAUUUGUGAAAGAAACAUUAUACUGUGUGAUAAAAAAAAAUGUAUUUAAAACCUACAGGUAUAUAUAUCAAUCCUUGCUUCAAUAUCUCUGACUCAACAGAGUCAGUUAUCUACUAAUUUUUUAAGACGCAAAGUUAUAUUUUAAGUAUACACAGCAAAGACAGAUAUUGUUUUGUCUUUGUUGGUAUAUUUAUAUAGUACAUGCUCACAUUUGUGUUUCACUCAAUUAGUAUUUUACACUUAUAUAUAUUUUUUUAAAAUAAAACCAAGAUUGAAAAAAUUAUUUGCAUGAAAUGAUGAGUGUAUAAUGAAUUAAAAUAAUGGCUUGAAUCAGCACUCAUGAAUAUUAAUUUAUUGGUAGUCUAUAUAUUACAUCUUUGAAAUUAAUUGUUAAUUCGGUACAAACCAAGAAUAAGCUACCUCAGAUUAUUAAAAAAACAGAUAAGAAAAAGUUUUAUUUUUAAUGUGUGAUAAUGAUCAAUAUGUUUUGGAAGCAAUUCAUCUCACUUCUUUGUAGUGCUGCAGCAAAUGCAUGCAUGUGUAUAACUUUUCCAUUAGAGAAUGAGGAAGAGAAAAUGAGAUAGUGAAAGAGGGAGGGAAUGUGAACACUCAUUGUAAUGAUUUGUGUUAUUUUCUCAAGCAAUGUGUAUUAUAUUAUUCAUUUAUUAUUCAUUUUGAAUAAUAAAGAAAGUCUACAUCAUU